AUGGAGGAGAAUGAUGUCUUGACGCCUUUGUGGACAGGACAUUGGGGAAACUUGCCUUUAGAUCCAUCGUGGCACGUUUUGGGUUUUGGCUACACCAAUGUUGAUCCUCAGUUGAUAGAGAUGGAUGAUGUGUUGAGGAAGAUUCAGAUUCAGAAUUACUUGCCUCUGUUGGUGGGCUCUUACCCUUCAUCUGUUGAGCACAUAAGGUGCAUGCAGCAACAUGAUCAUAAGAAUCAGUCUUAUGUGUUUCUGGCUGGGGAUGAAGUUGAAAAUGGACACGUUACCAAAGCACAACCACCCUUAUAUUUGGGAGAUGACUGUGAUUUCACCCCUCAAAAGCCUCUCAGCAAUGCAUACAAAUCGAACAUUAACAACAUCCUCUCAUGGCUAUCUUCAGAUGCAGCCACAAGCAGAGGCUAUAACUACAAAAGCAUAGGCAACACCACCCCUUUGUAUGGCCUCUAUGACUGCCGUGGUGAUGUGGUUGGCUACUUCUGCCAAUUCUGUGUCUCCGCUGCUUCCAGAAGAGUCCUUCAGCACUGCCCUAACAGGGUUUCUGCUGUAAUGUACUAUAACUUCUGCCUUCUCAGGUACUCCGAUCAGAACUUCAUUGGGAAUGUCACAAUAAACCAUCCAAGGCAUCAUGUUGGGAACAAAACUGUGUCUGAUAUAGAAGAGAUUCAAAAGGGUGAGGAUUUCAUGAGAAGUUUGAUCAGAAAAGCAACUGUGGAGACCAACAAGUUGUACUACAUGGAUGGCUUCAAUUUGAGCUCCACUCAGAGAAGGUAUGGUUUGGUGCAGUGCACCAGAGACCUCACCAGUGAGAGUUGCAGACAGUGCUUGGAGGCAAUGCUAGCACAGGUACGACACUUCAGUUACUUUUUCUUGAUUUGCAAUCAUACAAAAUUUCAUGACUGUUUACUCAAUUUGAUCAAUUUGUCAAAAAUUUCUUUUNUGGGAAAAACACAGCUCAAUGUGAGAUCAGUAUAUUUCUUUGUUUUCAUGUUCUUGGUAAGCUUCAAAUCACUAGUUACCAAAGCACAACCACCCUUAUAUUUGGGAGAUGACUGUGAUUUCACCCCUCAAAAGCCUCUCAGCAAUGCAUACAAAUCGAACAUUAACAACAUCCUCUCAUGGCUAUCUUCAGAUGCAGCCACAAGCAGAGGCUAUAACUACAAAAGCAUAGGCAACACCACCCCUUUGUAUGGCCUCUAUGACUGCCGUGGUGAUGUGGUUGGCUACUUCUGCCAAUUCUGUGUCUCCGCUGCUUCCAGAAGAGUCCUUCAGCACUGCCCUAACAGGGUUUCUGCUGUAAUGUACUAUAACUUCUGCCUUCUCAGGUACUCCAAUCAGAACUUCAUUGGGAAUGUCACAAUAAACCAUCCAAGGCAUCAUGUUGGGAACAAAACUGUGUCUGAUAUAGAAGAGAUUCAAAAGGGUGAGGAUUUCAUGAGAAGUUUGAUCAGAAAAGCAACUGUGGAGACCAACAAGUUGUACUACAUGGAUGGCUUCAAUUUGAGCUCCACUCAGAGAAGGUAUGGUUUGGUGCAGUGCACCAGAGACCUCACCAGUGAGAGUUGCAGACAGUGCUUGGAGGCAAUGCUAGCACAGGUUCCAAAAUGUUGUGAACACAAGUUGGGGUGGCUUGUAGGAACUGCAAGUUGUCACAUAAAGUAUGAUGAUUAUAUGUUCUACCUUUUCAACAACCAAUCAUAUAUUGUGCCUGGUUUAACAGCUAAACAUGGGGAUGAUACUAAGUCAAGAAACUUGAUCAUUGGAUUGAGUGUGGUAGGGUUGGUAGCUCUGUGUUUGAGAAUAUAUUGCUUAUGUUACUGGAAUAGAGUAAGAAAAGAUGGGUUGAUAACUGAUACUAUUCCUCUGUCUGCAUAUACAAAUUUGCCUAUAAUCCCAUUAAUCACUAUUCUUGAGAGUACUGAUAACUUCUCAGAAGCAUCCAAAUUAGGUGAAGGUGGAUUUGGCCCAGUUUACAAGGGAAUUCUACCCGAUGGAAGACAAGUUGCAGUCAAAAGGCUAUCAAAAGCUUCUAGUCAAGGCACAGAGGAGUUUAAGAAUGAAGUAACAUUUAUAGCCAAAUUGCAACAUUGCAACCUUGUAAGACUUGUGGCAUGCUGCUUGGAGGAAAAUGAAAAGAUACUUGUUUAUGAGUAUUUAUCAAAUGGAAGUCUUGACUUUCACCUAUUUGAUGAUGAAAAAAGGAAGCAACUUGAUUGGAAACUAAGGUCAAGCAUUAUUAAUGGAAUAGCAAGAGGUCUUUUAUACCUUCAUGAGGAUUCUAGACUCAAGGUAAUCCACAGAGAUCUCAAAGCUAGCAAUGUUCUGUUAGAUGAUGAAAUGAAUCCAAAGAUAUCAGAUUUUGGAUUAGCUAGAGCAUUUGAAAAUGGUCAGAACCAGGCAAAUACAAAGCGAGUAAUGGGCACUUAUGGAUACAUGGCUCCGGAGUAUGCUAUGGAAGGAUUGUUUUCAAUGAAAUCUGAUGUUUUCAGUUUUGGAGUACUUGUUCUAGAAAUCAUUUGUGGGAAAAAGAACAGUGGAUUUUUUCUAUCAAAACAUGGUCAAAGUCUUCUUUUAUAUAGUUGGAGAAUGUGGUGCGCAGGAAAAUGUUUGGAAUUGAUGGAUCCAGUGUUAGAAAAUUCCUACAUAUCCAAUGAAGUUGAGAAGUUUGUACAGAUUGGUUUAUUGUGUGUUCAAGAAGCAGCAACAGCUAGACCAAUCAUGUCCACUGUCAUGUUAUUGUUGGCAACUGAUGUGAUGAACAUUCCCAAACCCAACAAACCUGCAUUCUCAGUUGGAAGAAUGACCUCAGUGGAAACUUCUGCUUCAAAAACUUCCAAAAGUGUUUCCAUUAAUGAUGCAUCAAUCUCUAGUAUUGCACCAAGGUGAUCAAACUUGCUUAAAUAGUUUG